AUGGGGCUCACUUUGUUCUGUGCUGUCAUCAAUGUAAAGUACAUCAAAAAGAUGUCCAACAGAAUCUUUGUGGCCCUGCAACCCAACUGGACUCAGAUAUUCAGUGGGGAGACAAUCACUGCCAAAUGUGAGAUUAAUGGAGUAGGAGACACUGAGUGGGAAUGUGAAUGGAGAACAACCAGCUCAAACACACCUCCAACACACAGUGAAUACAGAAUUAGUAGUGCUUCCGUUUCCCACAGUGGACAGUACUGGUGUAAGGGUAGAUGGGACUCGUAUUCCUCAACAGAGUGGGGUAAUCCCUUACCACUGAUGGUAUCAUUAUAUACACCCCGGCCAACAGUUAUGGCAGAUAGGAGAACCUUACCAGUUGGGGGCAAUAAAACACUGAUCUGCUCUGUAGAGGACUCCGCUGAGUGGAAACACUACUGGUUUAGACGUACCUCUGUGUUUACUGAAAGUCAGAACAUUAGAGAUGGUGAACCAGAUAGAGUUAUUAGUAGUUCACAGGAAGCUUUCUACCACUGCAGAGGAGGGAGAGGAAACCCAGUUUUCUUUACAGAAUACCGCUCGCUGUAUUAUCCAGUCACCGUUGUAAAAAGAGUAUCAGUCCCGGCCACACUGCAUGUUUGGCUUGCUGUCCCACUUUCUGCCAUCCAUCAAUUUUUUUUCUUCACCACAGAGUGUGAUAGACCAGAAAAGGAAACAGACGUUCCUCUCCCCACAGACAUGGCUGUUGGUCGCUCCCGAUGCUUGAGCUGCUUCUUAGCAUACAGUGUCCUGCUCCGGAUUGGGGUCUGCCUCCAUGAGACAAGGGCUGUUGUGACCCUGCAACCCAACUGGCCAAAGAUAUACAGGGGAGAGACAAUCGGCCUCAGAUGUGAGAUACAGAAUGGAGGAGACAAUACGUGGGAGUAUGAAUGGACAACAACCAGCUCAAAGAAACCAGACAGAGAAUAUAGAUUUAAAGCUCAUAUCAUGCACAGUGGAUCCUAUAGAUGUAAGGGCAAAAACAAAGACAAACAGUCUUCAACAGAGUGGAGUGAUGCCUUACAACUGACAGUACAUGAAUUUACACCUGAGCCUGUCCUCACUGUGUCUCCACCAUGGCCCAAUCCUGAAGACUCGGUAACUCUUAACUGUAACGUUGAACAUCCGUCUGCAGGAUGGAGCUUCUACUGGUAUAAGGCUGUUCCCAUAUUCCAACCACAAAAAAACUACAUCCAUAAGCUUCUACCUGGUUUGGAAAAUGGGUCUGAAAAUGAUUCCUACGUUGUUUGUGGACAGCCACACACUGCAGCAUAUUACUGUAAAGCUACAAGAGGAAGACCGGUCUAUGACAGUCAAAUAAGUCAAUAUAGGUUUGUCUGGUCUAGAGAGAUCAACUCAGCAGCUUCUCUCACAGUGACUCCUGACAGAGUGCAACACUUAUUUGAGUCUGUGUCCCUGAGGUGUGAGGGAAACUCCACCCAGUGGAGAGUGAUGAUGUUUACUGCAACAGACCAGCUCUCCAGCUGUCAUGGCUGGGGAACCAUGAACGGAUCCACAUGCAACAUUGACAGCUUAAAAAACAGUGAUUCAGUGUACUGGUGUGAGUCUGGAUCUGGAGAUUACAGCAACGCUGUCAACAUCUCUGUACGCUUGUACAGGCCUGAAACCAGUUCAUCUCUAUUGACGCUGUACACUACGGUCACCACUGGAGCUUUUAUCAUUCUCCUGCUCUUGCUGUAUCGCUUUAUAAAGUCCAAGGGUCCAUGCAAUGACAGAACCCCACAGUCUCAGAGCACCAAUCAGGAUGAACAGGUAAACAAGGAGGAAACUCAAGAGCACGUAUACGCCUCUCCUCUUCCAGGUGAAGAUUGUAUCUACGAAUCAAUCAGUGGUUGUAAAGACAAUGGAAAUGAUGGAGAGGACUCCAGUUGUCAACGUGUCAUCCAUAAAAAAGUUGGAGACACCGUAGAGUUUUCAUCAUGCUUACCAACUGAAGGGGUCACAACAGCAAGAUGGAAAUAUAAAGAGUCAAUAAUAGCAGACAGAGAUGAUGUCUCUGGAGAACAUCAGUUCAAGGGAAGAGUAGACCUAAACCCCACAAACUUUAGUUUAACAGUGAGAAGACUGACUCUCAACGACUCUGGUAAUUUUAGUUUUGUCUCAGAGGGUGAGGGUGGCAGACAAAGGAAAACAGUCACUUUCACACUGAAAGUUCACGAGCCCUUAACUGUCAUAAUUGUUUCAAAUUCUACAUGGCACACCUUAAACGGAGUCUGUACAGUUUUGCUGGAGUGCCGUGCAACCUCUGACAUCAGUAACAGUGACAUCACCUACACAUGGGCCGUGAGGAAUCAAACCAGAGACGGACCCAGACUGGAAUACAUCCUCAAACCUCAGGACGAAGACACCAAAUUCACCUGCACAAUUUCCAAUGAAGUCAGUAAGAUGGCGGCAACCAAAACAGAGACGUGCAGAAACAGUACGUCUGGCACACCAGAAACAGUGUUCCCUGUACAGUUGAUUAUUUGGCCGGUUAUUGGAAGUUUACUGAUUUUUCUACUGCUGCUUUCGCUGCUUUUCUACACAAAGUCAAAGGAUCCAUGUUGUAAAAGGGCCACCCAGUCUCAAACAGUCAACCAAGACGAAACUCAAGAGCAUGUGUACUCGUCUCUUCAACUAGGUGAAAUUUGUGUCUAUGAAGAAAUUAGAGGCCCUGCAGAUGUCAGAACAGGUGAUGGGUUGUCUAUGAAGCAAUAAGAGGCUCUGCAGAUUCUGGAACAGGUGGACCCCCAAAUCAAUACAGUAAUCAAAUCGUGAUCAGUUUUUCUCAAAGAUCUUGACAAGCAGAAUAAGUGCACAAAAUAUUUUAAAAAAACAUUUAAAUGAAUGCAAAAUAUGCAUAGAAAUAUCAUGUUCCCAGAUCAGAAUACCUUUAUAUACAUAUUCUUAAAAAUGUAAAAUAAAAAUAUUUAGAAGUCAGAUUCUUGCCACAUAAAAGAUAGAAGUGCACUGCAUCCCUCUGAGCUGGGACAUUUUUAAUUACAGUGUCACUGUGGCGUUAGCGCUGUCUAAAUGUGGACACUACAGCAAUAGUUCUCUGAAAGAGGAACUGCGGAGACUUCUCACUCACGGUGACCAACAUCGCUUGGUGCAUUUCAUAUCUGGCUGCCAAUAUCUAGAGGGGCUUUAAUACUGGAGAAAAAUACAGAUAAAAUAAUUUAUUCCAGUUUUAUUUAUUGUGAGCAAAACUGCAUUGAGCUUCAUCUGAUCUUGCCUUUUGGAUUAUGCUGUUGCUGUGUUGUACUGUGUACAGUUAAAUAGAUUUGUCUGAUUUGGUUCUAGGUCUAUAAAGAGAAAUUAAAAUGAAUUGACACACAAAAUCUCAUUCAUGUUAAGGCAGUUUAAAAAAA